GCCUGCCUGCCACCCGCUAACCCUAACAAUUUCUGCUUAACAGAGAGCAGAAUUUGCCUCCCCGCUGGUUGGAUCCCCGCCCUGCCAGAGGUUGAUCAGCACUGGAUCUCGAAGGCUCUGUUCCGGUGGUCACCCUCUGGUCAACCAGAGUUUGAAAUUGACAAGGUGGACAGAAUGUGGUGGUAUCCACCUCAGCAGUCGCUGACAUCCAGUGCCAUCCCAGCAAUGGAGCAGUUCUUUGGGCACCCUCUGUUCCUGUGGAUGCCCAGGAAGCUGUGGCGUGUGCGACUGCUCUGUCCACAUCAAGACUGUGGGAAGGCAGAGCUCACCUCUGCGGGACUCCAUCAGAGGGUCAGGCUGUUGGUUGGUGUCAGCGGCUCUUACUACCUGGUAGCCGAAUACCUUGCAUGUAAGAGUUGCAAAAGGAAGGUCAUCAGCUGGAGCCACAACAUCGUCUCUCAGCUAGACAUUGGUCACCGCCUGCAUUUCCCAUGUCUGCUGACAUACAAGCUGGGGUGCGACAUGCAGGUUGUGCGCAUGAUGCGUCAGCGGGGACUGGGGAACAGCAGCAGCCAGCUCCAAAAACAGCUGGAGGAGCAGCAUGCAGAGAGCUGGCUGGGGAAAACAAUUCAGUUCCUCACUGCUUACAGAGGAGUUGCACGUGCAAUAUCCUCUGGGCUGAUUUUGCCAGUGCCGCUAGGGGACUUGCCAGUUAUGCCUGCAGUGCCAAAACAUCGCUGGUUGAUGCAGGUGUACGCCCAAGAUGUCGUUGGCAGACUGGACGAAGUUAAGGCUUCCAUCACCUCACUCUUUGGCCAGGUCCUGAAGAUGGACUCUGCAAAGAAAAUUGUAAGGAAGCUAGCUGGUCAGGCACGGUCUACAGCUUCUUGGGCCACCAACGUUGGAAAUGAGCAUGGACAUGUCAUCAUGUCUGUUCUCACAGCAAGUGAGGGCUGGGGCCUGAUGAAGAUGGCAGAGGGUCUUGUUAGGCGUUACAAGGAUGCUGGUGUGCCACCUCCAGAGAUCCUUUAUGCGGACCGGGACUGCUGUGGGAACUCUCACCUUUUAAAAAUCUUUGGUGCAUGGCCAGAGAUUUGCCACCGGUUGCACCACAGAUUCCCAUGCCCUCUACACCAGCUUCAUGGCCCAACUCUCCCGCUGCAUCUUUGCGUGUGAUCAGAGCGACCUGCAGCGACUCAAAGCUGCCAAGCGGGCAGAGCUGGAAGCAAGCCACCUGCGUCCCACAGUAGAAGAUGUCGCACGCCAUAUCUCCAAGGCUGAGACUAUGCUUCACUGCAGGAGAGCUGUCCGGGAAAGUGGGGAGAUGUCUGACCUGCUGAAGGACUUGAUAGAGGCAUACUCUGGAGAGAAGGGUUGCAAUACCCUUGGUGUGCCUCUGAUCAACAGAGCAAGGAUGGCGGAAAUCUUGAAGGCCCAGCUAAAACACCUUCCCUGCCUCCAGGACCCUCCAGGUUUCCAGUUAUACACCCAGACUGGGACACUGAAGAAGGCUGGUCAUGUGCUUCCUACAUACCGAUGUGCCAGAGGGUCCACCUCGUUGGAAAGUUUCCACUUGCACAUGAAUAUCUUCAUCCUAGGAACCCUGGCAAGUGACACCUUUUCCAGGCAUAUCUGGUUGAUGGUCUAUUCAGGUGGAAUGAGGACAGGACCAUAACAGCAGAGGGGACCGAGGGGCCUUGUUCAUACAGUGGCCUCCUAAAGCAUGCUGCCAACCAGUUGUCAGAGGAGGUGCUUGGGAGAAAACUGGUGGAGUACACGGCCCCACGGAAAUACACUGGAGAGCUUAUAGGUAUAGAAUACCUAUGCAACCAAAAUAAUGCAGUGAUGGAGGACUACAAGUUGGCCUUGGUGACACUGGAGACAGAAGACAUCACUGUUGCAGAGGGGGAGUCUUCUUUGGAGCCAUGUGACAUCGAGGAUCCAACUGUCCCAACCCUGGAGACAAUAUGGCCUCCACAACAGCUCACCCGUCCAGCUGCCCGUCCAGCCACUGCUCUGCCAGCUGCCCGUCCAGCCACUGCUCUGCCAGCUGCCCGUCCAGCCACUGCUCUGCCAGCUGCCCGUCCAGCCACUGCUCUGCCAGCUGCCCCUCCAGCCACUGCUCUGCCAGCUGCCCCUCCAGCCACUGCUCGCCAGCUGCACUCUCUGCAGCUUUUACGGUUGCCCCUAUGCAUAGUGCUCCCCAGCAAGACACACAGGGCUUGGUAGACGAACAGCCUUCAACAUCAGCUCUGGGC